CAGAUCUUGGACACAUUUUCAGUGCUGGCAUUCCUCCUCCAUAUAUAUAUAUACUCAAAGGCUCUGACUCAUUCGUUCAUGUACUGUUAUCGUUGUGCAAGUUAAAAUUGGCGUUUAACAUCAAUAUAUUUGAACGUAAUUAUUGAGUGUUUAACUAUCUCAGCUCAAAAAAUCUGAUAGAAAAAAAUGCCAGUCGCUUUGGUUUAUGAAACGAAAUACUGUUAAAAAUUGAGGUUAGGAAACUUGUUUUUACUGACGAAGUGCACCGAUGGAACAUGAGAAUGUAGCUGUUGCAUGAUAAUUAUUGAUUAAGAAAUUUCAACAUGAUCAAAUUAGGCUAAUUAUGUUAAAAAAGAAAAGAAAUCAUGGCUGGGGAGAAAAUGGCUUUGAAGAUUGGGGCGGUUACAUGGCCGCGAAGAAAUUCAAACUGGAGGAACAAUUUCACGAUACCGCCAACAAAGAAUUUAAAGAAUCAUCAAAACUGUUUGAAGGAAUUGCGAUAUUUGUUAAUGGGUACACAGAUCCAACGUCGGAUGAACUCAGACGUCUAAUGAUGAUGCACGGAGGAAUAUACCAUCAUUACAUGCGUCCUAAAAUUACGACUCAUAUCAUAGCAUCUAAUCUGCCGUAUUCCAAAAUAAUGUUAUAUAAAAAGAGCCAAAAUCCAAUUCCUAUUUGUAAGCCGCAAUGGAUCAUCGAUAGUAUAGCAGCUGGAAAGAUUUUGAAUUUUCAGAAUUAUUUACUUUAUUCUAAUAGUACUGAAGUACAGCCUCAAUUAGUAUAUAAAUUAAAUAAUAAGGAUAAAGAUAAUGCUAACUCAAUCACGCAUAAUAAAUCAAAUACUGAAAAACUUGAAACUUCAGUGAACACUGAUUGCACUGAAAUUGAUAUGAAUAAUAGAAAUUCGUUAAAACACAAUGUAUUUAAUAAUACAUCGAAACAAAACGCAAUCAACUCAUGUCAAUCUUCAAAUACAAAAACGAAUGCACAGUCUACAAAGGAUGCCGAAUUUCUGUCCACAUUUUAUAGUAAUUCAAGAUUGCAUUACAUCUCUACUAUGGGAACCACGUUCAAAGAUUAUGUGAAUGAAUUACGAGAUAAAAGCGAUGAGGUAUUUUCUGGCCUUGAGCGUUUAAAAAAAUUAAGAAAUACCAAGAAUGCUUUAGCUUCAAUUAACUGCGAAUCAGAUUUUGAAGAAACAAUUUGUUUUACAGAUAAAAUUACAAAUGAAGCAAAUCACAAGCAAGUUAUAAUGCACAUCGACAUGGACUGUUUUUUUGUAUCCGUGGGAAUCAGAAAUAGACCAGAAUUGCAAAAUAUGCCAGUGGCAGUAGCGCACGCAAAAGGCAAUGCGUUUUCAGCGAAUUAUGAUGGCAAGGAAGAAUUUGGAUCAAUGUCAGAAAUAGCUUCAUGUUCGUACGCAGCGAGAAAGGCUGGCGUGAAAAACGGCAUGUUUUUAGGAGAAGCGUUAAAAUUGUGUCCAAAUUUAAAGACAAUUCAAUAUGAUUUUGAGGGUUACAAGAAAGUUUCAUAUAUAUUGUAUGACACCGUGGCAUCCUAUACUUUAGAUAUCGAAGCGGUAAGCUGCGAUGAAAUGUAUGUCGAUUGCACGAAAAUUCUUGAAGCAUGUGGGCUUUCACCAUUGGAAUUUGCUACUGUAAUUAGGAACGAAAUAAAACAGAAAACGAAUUGUCCGGUGUCCACGGGAUUUGGUAAUAAUAAGUUGCAGGCGAGAUUGGCAACGCGAAAAGCUAAGCCUGAUAAUCAAUUCUAUCUCACCAGUCAAAAUGCAGAGACAUAUAUUCGAACUUUUAAUAUAAGAGAUUUACCAGGAGUUGGGGGAACAACUACAUAUAAGUUACGUAAAAUAAAUGUACAUACAUGUGAAGAUUUGCAGAGAAUCUCGUUGAGAGUUUUACAAAAAGAAUUCGGCAAAAAGAUUGGAGAACAGUUGUAUAAGAUGUGCCGUGGAAUAGAUGACACAAAAUUGAAUCUGGAAUACAUCAGGAAAUCAGUGUCGGCUGAAGUUAAUUAUGGUAUAAGAUUCCAAAAUAAUGGCGAUGCUGUCGAUUUUUUGAGCGAAUUAUCUGUGGAAGUGUGCAAUCGAUUAACAGCAGCACGUGCGAAAGGUAGAUGCAUCACACUAAAAUUGAUGAUUAGAGCUGAUGAAGCGCCGAAGGAAACCGCGAAGUUCAUGGGUCACGGACUUUGUAAUUACAUAACAAAAUCAAAAAAUCUUAUAGCGGCUAUUGACAAUGUCAAUAUCAUUAAAAAGGAAGUUAUAAAUAUUUGGAAUCAAUUACAUUUAACACCUGAAGACAUGAGAGGAAUUGGAAUACAAAUAUCUAGACUAGAAAUAUGCAGAACUAGGCAAGCUGAAAGCAACUUAAUCAAUUUUUUAAAUAAAAAAAAAGAAUCACAACAAACGUUUGAUAAAAUGUUGAGAGAUGAUAAGAAUCAUUACGUCUCAGAUCUCAACGAGAAAUCUAAACCAGAUUACUCUGAAGUACCUUCAACAACAAAAUCAUUACUAGCAAUAAGAAAAAUUUGUGAUACAGAAAUUAGUAAUCUAUCGGUGAAAUCGUUAAAAUCUUCUGAUUCAAUCGGUGUUGCAAUUCCAGCUGAUAUUCAAGUUGAACCGUCGACAGUCGCAGCUGAAUUAACAAAUAAAAAGUUACAGAAUCCUAAGAUAAAUGAAAAUGUGAAAGUGAAGGAUUUGCUUGAAAAAUCUAAUAAAAAAGCAAUACAAAGACAAAUGUCUCAAGAACAUUUCUUUAAACAAGUAAAACCAAAUAGCGGAAAAUCAUUGAAAUACGAAAUACCACAAAUACAAGAUAUCGAUAUGUCUGUGUUGAUUGAAUUGCCUACAGAUAUAAGAAACGAGAUAUUAGACGAAUACAAAAGAAAUAAAAAACAAUUUCAAGUAAGCACUGCGAAUACCGUUAAUUUGAACCAAGUAUCGCAAAAUAAUGUACAAAAUUGUUCGCAAGUCGAUCCGGACGUUUUAUUAGCUUUAAUGGAAAGCGACUUGCAUCCUGAUGUGCAACGCGAUGUACAGAUGUACUGUAAUAUGAAGAAAGAGGUAAAUAGAGUGAAUUUUACAGAAACAAAUGAGAGAAGUGAUAAUAAGCAAUUGCGAGAAGCAAAUGCAUAUUUAAAAAUCAGUGAUAUUAAAGAAAAUGCAACUAUUGUAAAUAGCACUUCUAUAAAUAAAGCAGAACAUAUAGUACCAGAUAACACAAUGGAUGCAUUGAAUCAAUUGUGUGAAAAACGUGAUACCGCCGAAGACAAAUCUACACAGUAUCAAAUCAAUUGUGUUAACAUCUCACACAAUAAUGUUGCGAUGGAGAAACCCGAUAUCUUUAUUUUACAGAAUUUAAGUACUUUACAUAACAAUGAAAACUUAGACAAACAUCAAGAAAUGUUGAUUAAUCUUGUGAAUCAUCUCUUCACUCUUCCAUUACAACAGAUAAAACUACAAAUACAAAUGUGGGUCACUAAAUCUAAUAUUGUGAAUGAAGUGGAUUUUCUGUCACUAGCGACGUUUCUUAGCAUGCUUCCGGAAAAGAAACGCAUUGAAGAUUUACAUGUUUUGCUGAAAACUAUGUACAGAUGUACAACAAAAACUGGAAACUGCAUUUGGCAUAGAACAUAUAGAAGGACCGUGAAACAUGUUCAACGUUAUAUGCAAAUUGAGUACAAUAACAAUCUAAUGGUACCAUUGAUCAGAUGUAAUGAUCCGAGAUGUAAUAACAAUAAUUGAAUACAAAGUCUCAAAUUUAAUAAAUUAAAUUUCUACUAA